CGGGACGCCUGAAGCAGGGGGCCCGCGUAGUCUGUCCCGGGCGCUCCUCCUGGGACGCCCGCUCAACUCCCGAGUCGUCUUCAAUUGGCCGCCGGGGAAACGGAAGCCGAAGCGGAGCAGUGAACCCGGAAGUGCUUCGCGGCGGAGGCCUGGGCGACUCUUUUGAAUGGAAUCGGGCUGAUUCAUCGCCGGUUCGCGGAGCCAGAGCCCGGCCGAGUCGGAGCUGCUGCUGUCGCUCUCGCCGCCGCCGCUGCGUCACCGCUGCUGGAAGACAAGGGUCCAGACCGCGGCCUCCUGCUCCGCCCGCCUUCAGGAGAGAAAAAAAAUAAAAAUAAAAACUUGGGAAAAACUAUACCUGCCAGUAUUAGCAAGAGCUUGAGUUAAGAAGAAAUUUGUCAAACUCAGCAAAUUGAAGCUUAACACCACAAGAGUUGUAGUUACUGACCAGAAAUAUGGACAGACUUCUUAGACUUGGAGGAGGUAUGCCUGGACUGGGCCAGGGGCCACCUACAGAUGCUCCUGCAGUGGACACAGCAGAACAAGUCUAUAUCUCUUCCCUGGCACUGUUAAAAAUGUUAAAACAUGGUCGUGCUGGGGUUCCAAUGGAAGUUAUGGGUCUGAUGCUUGGAGAAUUUGUUGAUGAUUACACCGUCAGAGUGAUUGACGUGUUUGCUAUGCCACAGUCAGGAACAGGUGUCAGUGUGGAGGCAGUCGAUCCAGUGUUCCAAGCCAAGAUGUUGGAUAUGUUGAAGCAGACAGGAAGGCCUGAGAUGGUUGUUGGUUGGUAUCACAGUCACCCUGGCUUUGGUUGUUGGCUUUCUGGUGUGGAUAUCAACACUCAGCAGAGCUUUGAAGCCUUGUCGGAGAGAGCUGUGGCAGUGGUUGUGGAUCCCAUUCAGAGUGUAAAAGGAAAGGUUGUUAUUGAUGCCUUCAGAUUGAUCAAUGCUAAUAUGAUGGUCUUAGGACAUGAACCAAGACAAACAACCUCAAAUCUGGGUCACCUAAACAAGCCAUCUAUCCAGGCAUUAAUUCAUGGACUAAACAGACAUUAUUACUCCAUUACUAUUAACUAUAGGAAAAAUGAACUGGAACAGAAGAUGUUGUUAAAUUUGCAUAAGAAGAGUUGGAUGGAAGGUUUGACACUUCAGGACUACAGUGAACACUGUAAACACAAUGAAUCAGUGGUAAAAGAGAUGUUGGAAUUAGCCAAAAAUUACAAUAAGGCUGUAGAAGAAGAAGAUAAGAUGACACCUGAACAGCUGGCAAUAAAGAAUGUUGGCAAGCAGGACCCCAAACGUCAUUUGGAGGAACAUGUGGAUGUACUUAUGACUUCAAAUAUUGUCCAGUGUUUAGCAGCUAUGUUGGAUACUGUUGUAUUUAAAUAAAGCAAUGCAAAAAGCUCUUAGUGAUACUUUCAGUGUAUAGUCCUCUUGUUCCUAAUGCUCAAAAUCAAGGGACCUCUGAAGGUGUAUUUGGUUAAAUGUAAGACAUCUGGCAUCAUUUGCAGCACUGUAACACCUUCAGUCUCCGUGGUGCAAUUACUUCUGUUUCUUUAGUCAGGGUCUUUGCAGAUUCCAAAGUUGUAUAAGAAUACAUCAAAGUGGACAAAUUUUGUUAAGAUCCCAUUUAAUAUUUGAAGAAAUCAGUAACACAAAUAUAUUUUGAUUGUUGCUUACAAAAUAAAAUACAUUUACAGUCUA